AUGGUACACUAUCUCUCUUUCAUCGUAGGGUUUUGUUUGAUACUUUCGAUUGAAACAACAAUAGGACCUGGUAGUCGUAAAUCACCAGCCCGUCCGACAGAAAAAGUGACAUCAACACCAUCUCCAUCUGUUCAACCGUCUCCUCCACCUUCAACAUACGAAUCAUUACCACCGACAAAAACUAAUGUCUUAAAACGUAAUCUUGUCGAAGAAAAUAUUAAUUCUCAAUCAAUUCUUGAAAAUCAUCAAUCAUAUUGUUCAACAUGUUUAGAAACACGAGAAUUUAAUAAUCCAACACUUGUUUAUAUAACACCAUGGAAUUCUCAUGGUUAUGAUAUAGCAAAAACAUUUGCAAAAAAAUUUGAUUAUAUUUCACCAGUUUGGCUUCGUAUAAAACGAACAGGUUUUGAAAAAUAUACUUUUGAAGGUAUACAUGAUAUUGAUAAGAAAUGGAUUGAAACAUUAAAAGAAAAAAAUUCUAAUGUACAUAUUGUACCACGUGUUACAUUUGAAAAUUGGUCUGUUGAUGAUAUACAUGCAUUAUUUCAAUCAGAAAAUGAAAAACAACAAUUAGCAUCAACAUUUGCAAAAUUUCUUGAUGAAUAUACAAAUUUAUUUGAUGGUUAUGUACUUGAAAUACUUGUACAAUUUCGUGGUGCAUCAAAACCAACACUUAAUCAUAUAAUUAGUGAUAUUGCUGAACGUGUACAUCAAUUAGAUAGUCAAGGAAAAAAGAAAGAAAUUAUUUUAGCUGUACCACCAUAUGAAGAAUUAUUUGAUAAUAAUGAUUUUGAAAUGUUAUAUGAACAUUUAGAUGGAUUUAGUAUUAUGACAUAUGAUUUUCCUAAUAGAGAACCAGGACCAGUUGCACCAUUAGAAUGGGUCAAAAUGACAAUGGAAAAAUUUUCCAUGCCGGAAAGUGAAAAUCCAAUUAAAGUAUUUCUUGGUCUUAAUUUUUAUGGAUAUCGUUAUGAUCGAGUUGAUUCACCAACAAAAAAAGAUCAACAACAAUAUGGAAUGAAACCUAUUAUUGGUCGAGAUUAUGUUGAAUUUCUUCGAAAAUCUCAUCCUAAAUCAAUGAUUAUUUAUGAUCCUCGUACACAUGAACAUGCUACUGUUAUACAUGGUCGUCCAACAAAACAACAACAAAAUCCAUUACCUGAAACAAUUAUUUUUUAUCCAAGUUUAAAAUCAAUUUAUAAACGAUUAGAAUUAGCAACUCAACUCAAUGUUGGUAUUGCUAUUUGGGAUGGUGGUCAAGGACAAUUUAUUGAUACAUUCUGGCGAAAAUCAUUCAUUGGUGAUUUACGUCGAGCUAGAAAAAUAUCUGAAGAUGAUACUCAAUGGACUAUAAUAUAUAAUGGCAAAACUCAUAAAUUUCAAUUUGUUUGGUUACAAGGAAUUUGUGUCAAGAUUGAUAAAAUUGCUGAUUUAAUGAUAAUUGAAGAUGCUACAGGACAAGCUGAAAUACAAAAUUGUUCUCGUAUUGAAGAUGCAUGGUCAACAAAUGAAGGUGAUUAUACAAUAAUUGCUGGAAAAUUACUUAAUACAACUUUAUCAGAUCAUAUUAUUGUUGAUGCAUAUAAAAUUCAAUAUUUUAAAACUUCAUCGAAACAUGAACUCAAUUGGCCAUUUGAAGUAGUUGAUAUUAGUCAACGUGUUUAUCAUUAG